GCAGCCAAAUCUGUUACUCAUGAAAUGUACCUCAGCAAGUCUAAACUGUAGACGGAAGACCUGUUUGCGCUAUAUUCUGAAGAGUGGAUAAAGUUACAGGGACACAGAGCGUCUGACAAUGAAGGAGUAUAGUGAGGCGAUAGCUUUUUUGGGACAGUGGGGACGUUUUCAGCAGAUGGUCUUCUUCCUCCUUUGUGCCAGCAUUAUGCCCAAUGGAUCAGGCACUUUCAACCUUGUCUUUGUGGCUGAUAUACCCCCUCAUCACUGUUUUGUACCUGACGUCAACCUCACUGAAGACUGGCUCAAAGCAGCUAUACCAGUACAGGUGGUAAAUGGGAGGCAGGAGCUGAGCAGAUGCAGCAGAUACAGGCUGGAUGUGGUCAGAAAUCUGUCUGCUCAGGGAUACGUUCCUGGCAGAGACGUCAACCUCACUGAUCUGGAGCAGGAGAGCUGUGUGGAUGGAUGGACUUACAGCACAGACAUCUACCAGUCCACCAUAGUCUCUGAAUUUGACCUUGUCUGCAGUGAGGAGUGGAAGCAACCGUUCACCAUCACAGUGUUCAAUGUGGGAGUUAUUUUGGGAUCCUUCUUCGCUGGAGUGCUUUCAGACAGAUUUGGAAGAAAACCUGUACUUUUUGCAACCAUGGCAGUUCAGACAGUAUUUGGCUUCAUACAAGCCUUCUCCACCUCAUGGAUCAUGUUCCUCAUCUUCCUCCUCAUCGGAGGUUUGGGACAGAUGUCCAACUAUUUAGCUGCUUUAUUGCUAGGUGCUGAAAUUCUGACUAGCAAUGUGCGUGUCCUGUACUCAUCUCUGGGCACAAAUUUUGGUUUUGCCUUUGGCUACAUGAUGUUGGCUCUCUUUGCUUACUUUUUAAGGGACUGGAAAUCUCUACUGCUGGGUUUGUCUUUGCCUACCCUAGUCUACAUCCCACUCUGGUGGUUGAUCCCAGAGUCUCCUCGCUGGUUGCUGUCUCAGGGAAGAGUGGAUGAGGCUGAGGCCAUAGUGAGAAAAGCUGCAAAGUGGAACAAAGUUCAGGCUCCACAGUUAAUCUUUGAAGAAUAUAAUGAAAACAAGACAAAGACAAAGCCAAAGAAACGCUCCAACAUGUUAGACCUGGUGAGGACCUGCAACCUAAGAACCAUCACAUUUGUUGUCUGUCUGGUGUGGCUGGUUAACACCAUUGGCUACAUUGCUCUGUCGUACAACACGUCUCAACUCCAUGGCGAUCCAUUUAUUAGCUGUUUCCUCUCAGCGCUUGUAGAGCUGCCAGCAUAUGUGUCCACCUUUCUUGUACUUCGAUACCUUCCACGCAAAGUGUGCGUCAUUGGGUUUUCACUUCUAGCAGCAGCGUCACUCUACCUCAUUCCACUGAUGCCACAAAGUUUACCAAUUCUAAAUGUUGUCCUGGAGCUUCUGGGGAAGUAUGCAUUUACCACCGGUGCCGUCUUGAUGUUCGUCUACUCAUCAGAACUUUACCCAACAGUACUCAGGAACACAGCGUCUGGAACUGGCAGUACAGUGGCCAGAAUGGGCAACUUAACAGGACCACUUUUGUUGAAAUUGAGUGUGUUCAUGAAGUAUCUGCCUCAUAUUACCCUUGGGUCUAUGACUGUUGUCUCUGCCAUUGCUGCUGUCGUCCUACCAGAGACUUUUGGACGACCUCUCCCUGACACUAUUCAACAGAUGCCUACAAUAAAAAUGUUGAAGUGCCCAUGUGUCAACAGUGAGGAAACCAAAGGACAUGAGGACAGCCCACUAUGAUUAUCUGAUGUAGCGGGG